AUGACGGCGACCGAGGGGCCCGAGAUCGCGCCCGCCUCGGCGGCGCCAUUCGCCUCCUUCCAAAUAGUGCAGCCGGAGGUGCCCCAGACUCUCGCGAGGCACCAGGUGAAGAGGCCACCGCCAGGCAUAGAGUCCACGGACUUUGACCUCUACGAGAGCAAGCAGUAUGUCGAGCACGCCACGGCCAUCAGCAGUGCGGGCCGCAGGCUCCACGCGGCCGUGCGGUGGCUGCUAGUUGUGAGCAUCGGGAUUUGCACGGGCGUCGUCGCGAUUUUCAUCGACCUCGGCGUGGAGAAGCUGGUCGGCAUUCGGGGGGAUGUCAAUACUGCACUGAGGGGGCGAUCCAUCGCGUUGCAGUAUGCAGGGUUCGUCGGCUGCUGCCUCCUCUUCGUGGCCAUCCCGGGCUUCAUGGUCUGCUUCGUGGAGCCCCUGGCCGCCGGCAGCGGCAUUCCCGAGGUGAAGUGCUUCUUGAAUGGCGUCCACCUCCCGAGGGUUGUCGACCUGAAGACCCUGUUGGUGAAGGCGCCGGGGGUGCUGUUCAGCGUGGCGGCGGGCAUGCCCUGCGGCAAGGAGGGCCCCAUGAUCCACAGCGGUGCCUGCAUCGGCGGCGUCAUCGGCCGAAAAGGGGCGGGCCCGCUGAUGCGCUCGUUCCGCACGGACAUCGAGACCAGAGACUUGGUAGCGGCAGGCGCCUCGUCGGGCGUCGCCGCUGCGUUCGGUGCGCCGCUGGGCGGCGUCCUCUUCGCCAUGGAGGAAGGCGCGUCCUUCUUCACGCCCGUGGUCAUGCUGCGGUCGUUUGUGUGCUGCACCACCGCAGCGCUCUUGGUGCGCUUCAUGCUGGCUGGGAUCAAGGGGAAUUGGGGACAGAUGGGACAGGCGGCGCCGCUGAGCUUCGACUACUUCAGCCAAUCGGCCUACCGCAUCUGGGAAAUGCCUGUCUUCGCUCUCAUGGGCGUAGUCGGCGGCCUCUGCGGCGCUGGAUUCAACACGGUCAACACCCAUCUGACCAAGUGGCGGAUGAGGAAUAUUGGUGGCACCGGUAUCAAGCGGUAUUUGGAAGUGUUUGUGGUCACGUUCAUUGUGACUUCAAUCAUGUUCUGGAUGCCGGUGUGCUUUUCUGGUGAUAAUGACCCCUCCAAGUUCUCGAUGGCGGCGAAGCUUUUCAGAGAGCCAGGCACCGUCAGCAUCAAGAGAUUAUUCCAUGUGCACCAGAACAUCACCAGCGCGACGUCCGAGAGCAGUGAUCCCCAAGCAUCAUUGGACGAGUGGGAGUUGUUCGCGUUCUUCAUAUUGUACUACGGUCUCGCUUGCUUGACCUACGGCCUCGGAGUACCAAGCGGCCUCUUCGUGCCCUCGCUGCUCACUGGUGCCGCCUUCGGGCGCUUGAUCGGGGAGCUGGUCAAGGAGCCCUUUGGCUGUAGAUGGGACGACCCUGGCACGACCGACCCUGGCGUGUAUGCCUUGAUGGGGGCGACGGCGAUGCUGUCUGGGAUGGCUAGGAUCACAGUGUCCCUGGCCGUCAUACUGAUGGAGGCCUCUGGCUCGGUUCAGUGGGCUCUCCCCAUCUUCGUGACGUGCGUGUGCUCCAAGUGGGCCGGUGACCUGUUCACGAUCGGCCUGUAUGACAUCCACAUCGAGCUGAAGCACGUCCCACUGCUCGAGGCGGCCCCAGAGCGGGAGGCGAUCACCGUGUCAGCGCGCGACGUGAUGGCCAAAGACCUCGUCACAGUGUCACCGCUGGAGACUGUGAGGAGAAUACUGCAGGUGCUAGAAGACUGCAGCCAUGGCGCGUUCCCGGUGGUCCUCAGCAGCGGCGUCUUCGUUGGCCUUCUGAAAAGGGAUACGCUGGUGCAGGUGCUGCGGCGCGGCAAGGCCUACGGUGUUUUGUGCGACCGUGCUCAGGCUGGCGCCAGCAGCGCGCAGACCAUUCCGUUCAAGGAGGAGCGGACGAUCUGGAACCUCGAGGCGAUCAAAGCAGCGCUCGUCGAGGAGGACUAUGCUAAGGUGGUGGACCUGCGACCCUAUGUGAAUCAGGGGUGCUACACCGUGCCGGAGCACGCGUGCCUGUCUCGGGUGCACAUGCUCUUCCGAGGCAUGGGUUUGCGGCAUUUGCCUGUGGUCAAGGAGGGCGGCAUCGCAUGUGGUGUCAUCACGCGCAAGGACCUCAUCCUCACGGAGCACGCACAUCUUGGCCCGCGCAGUCCGGCCGGCCCGUUGUCGUUGAUCGGUUCGGAGACGUUGCUGAGGGACCGCUCUCCCGACGUGUGA